CCCUGCUGCACGUGAGGGGUGUGUCCCCGCGGGCCGGGCUGAGAAGUGGCGAGGUUCGAGGUCGGCUCCUCCCGCCUGAAGACGCGGAAGUGGCAGCCUCCGGCGGAGCAACAGCAGCAGCAACAACAGCACCAGGACCCAAAGAGGGACUGGGUGGGACAUGGCGCCGACCGGGCUGAAGGCGGUCGUUGGCGAGAAGAUUCUGAAUGAUGUUAUACACAGCAUGAAGAAGGAAGGAGAAUGGAAGGUCCUCAUUAUGGAUCAAUCCAGCACCCGCAUCCUUUCCUCCUGCUUUAAGAUGUCAGAUCUUCUGGCUGAAGGAAUCACAAUUAUUGAAGAUAUAAACAAGCGCCGAGAGCCCCUUCCCAGUCUGGAAGCCAUCUAUUUGAUCAGCCCCAUUGAGACGUCUGUCCGUGCUCUGAUAAAUGACUUUAAAAGCACUCCCACAUUCACCUACAAGGCUGCCCACGUCUUCUUCACGGACACCUGCCCAGAUGACCUCUUUAAUGAGCUUAGCAAGUCCCGGAUAACAAAAGCAAUCAAGACACUCAAGGAGAUCAAUGUUGCCUUCCUUCCCUAUGAAUCACAGGUGUAUACCUUGGACAGUGCUCAAAGUUUCCAUCAUCUCUUUAGCCCCUACUGCAGGGAAGAUAAAAACAACCACUUAGAGAAGAUGGCAGAGCAGAUUGCCACACUGUGUGACACCCUCAAGGAAUACCCCUCAAUUCGCUAUAGAAAUGGUUCUGAAGAGUGUUGCCUAUUGGCCCAUGCAGUGUUGGCAAAGCUGAAUGCCUUCAAAGCAGACAACCCAACCAUGGGAGAGGGCCCUGACAAAUCUCGAUCACAGCUUCUGAUAGUUGACCGCAGCUAUGAUCUGGUGUCACCACUUCUUCAUGAGCUCACCUUUCAAGCCAUGGCCUAUGACUUGCUCAACAUUGACAGCGAUACUUACCGGUAUGAAUCCACAGGCAUCAGUGACUCCAGGGAAAAGGUAGUACUCUUGGAUGAGGACGAUGACCUCUGGGUGCAAUUACGCCACAUGCACAUCGCAGACGUAUCCAAGAAAGUGACUGAGCUCCUGCGUACCUUCUGUGAAAGCAAAAGGCUCACCACAGAUAAGGCUAACAUUAAAGAUCUCUCUCAGAUCCUGAAGAAGAUGCCUCAAUACCAGAAAGAACUUCACAAGUAUUCCACCCAUUUGCAUCUGGCUGAAGACUGUAUGAAUAGCUUUAAGGGCACCAUAGAGAAGCUGUGCAGCGUGGAGCAGGACCUGGCCACAGGGGCAGAUGCUGAAGGGGAGAAAAUCAAGAACCCUAUGAAGAGUAUCGUGCCAAUUGUCCUUGAUACCAGUGUGCAGGCAUUUGAUAAAAUUCGCAUUAUCCUGCUUUGCAUACUUCUCCAGAAUGGCAUUAACGAGGAGAACCUCACAAAGCUCAUCCAACAUGCCAACAUCCAACAGGAGAGAGACACCCUCUACAAUAUGCACUGUCUGGGAGCCGCCAUCAUGCCUGAGGUAUUUCAUAUGCACACCUGCUUAGUGACAUUUGUUGGGCAGGUAGCUUGUACCUGUGCAGUUUGUGCAUAGUUACCACUUACUAGUGCAGUCUGAAUGAUGGCCCUGACAGUUCAAGGACAAGGGUAAUCUCUGGCUAUCCUAUUGAUGAAGAUGAGAAAACCUCUCUAUUUAGUCUGCCAAUGUUGUAUGUUUCUCUCUACUCAUUCUUCUCUCUGCUCUUUUCCUCACUUGCCUGUCUCUCAGCCUGUCCUGCUGGAGCCAUUUAGGUAAGUCACUCCAUCUUCCUCUAAACACUGAACUUUCCUGAACCAUCUUGUCCAUCCCCUCCUGCCCUUCUUCCAGCAGGCCCGGUUCCUGCUCUUUUCAUUUUUUUAUUUUUUUUUUCAUUCAAGGUUUUUUAUUUUUUAAAACAAAUUAUACAUAUUAUAGAAAAGAAGAGUUGUCUGGGUCUUUUGUUUUACAUCCUUUCAAUUACAUAGCCCUUUUUAUGUUAUAGUAUAAUAGUUUUAUUUUCACUUUCAGUCAAAUUAUUCUCUUCCAUUAUUUUUCAUAUUUAUAGUUAUUUUUUCUUAAU